AUGAUUCAAGGAUUUCUGGUUGCAGUGUUCACCUUUUAUAUUUUACAUUUUAAGAGGUUAAAUGAAAAGUUUAUCUUAUUUUUUUAUUCUAGCAUUGAAUUUAAUUUGCAAGCUUAUCAGAUGACAUUUAUGUUUAUUCAAAGUUUUACUUUUACUAUAUAUACUAAAAUAUUCUUUUAUUUGCAUACUAGUUUCUUUAGAGAAAGUUCUGCUAACCUCAUAAUUCAUUUUUCGAGGUCUUUAUAUUCUUUAG